AUGUGGCCGCGAGGUUCGAUUUCAGCGCAGUGGAAUAAAUACACGGACAACCUGCCACUUCCCUUAGUCGCUGCGGCCAUGGCGACCGCGUCUCUCUCCGCGCAGAGCGCCUCGAGGUUGUCGUUUUCCAGCAGCGCGUUGACCGGCUGCUGCUCACAGCUCAAGGCGGUUAGCCUUGCCGCUGCCAAGCCACAGUUCAGCGAGAAUGGCCGGCUCGCCGUGAGAUGCGCCGGAAAGGGCGGGUUCAUUCCCGCGGAGCACCGGUGGAUGUACGAGGGCAUUGAGAACAAGGGACCGGACGAGUGGAACCGCACGUACUACCCGAAGGAGGCGGACCAUCUGAACGUGGAGAAGCAGUGGUACAUCGUGGAUGCGGCGGACAAGCGCCUGGGCCGCCUCGCCUCCACCAUCGCCAACCACAUUCGCGGCAAGGACCAGCCCACGUACACGCCCUCCGUCGACAUGGGCGCGUACGUCAUCGUGGUGAACGCGGAGAAGGUGGCGGUGACGGGCAAGAAGCGCGCGCAGAAGAUUUACCGGCGGCACUCGGGGCGGCCGGGCGGGAUGACGGAGGAGACGUUCGACCAGGUGCAGGCGCGCAUCCCCGAGCGCAUCGUGGAGCACGCCGUGCGGGGCAUGCUGCCCAAGGGCCGGUUGGGUCGCCGCCUAUUCACACACCUCAAGGUGUACAAGGGAGAGUCGCACCCACACGAGGCCCAGAUGCCGCAGCCUUUGCCGAUUCAUGACAAGCCUGUAGCGCGCAAUGCGGAAAGCGGGAGCGGCGGAGAUGGCGGGGAGACGAGUGGCGGAGAAGGCCGUUGGAAGAGCGGCGAGGAGGAACAGUGGAACGAAGCGCGUGACGUGCAGAAUCUGGCUCAAUUAUCGCGCUACACGGAGGCACUGGAAGAGAGGCGCGGGCGGAACCAGUCGGACGAGGCGGUGACGAGGGCGCUUGAGGCGGAAGCGCGGCAGUGGCGUCAACGAACCUACCAGCACAGAGGAUUCCUCUACGAGUUCAGCGCCUACCGCGUCAGCCCCUCUCGCUUCGUCGUACUCGCUAUAAGCGGCCUCAAUUUCACGUGGGUGGCGGACGGGGAGGGCUGCCGAUGGGUGGGGCGAGACGGCAGCAGAGUGAACGGUUCAGUGUGGUACAGAGACUUUAUGGGCCCCAAGACUCAGACUGACUCGCUAGCAGCGUUCUGCCAGCUGUGGGGCAACACGUCCCAGGCGGGCGGCUAUCUGGUGAUGACCAUGGAUGGCGUCGAGGCUGUUGUCUAUAAUGAACGCCCGGGGCAGCCUCUGGAACCACCACCGGACGACUCCGUCCCAGUCCACCUCACGUGGUGCUCACAACCGCUCUACGGCACAAUAGACGCGGGGGUCGUCUGGGCCUGGGCGGAGUACCACCGCGUGCAUGCCAACGUCUCGCGCUUCCUCUUCUACGACAUGGCGGCGUGGACUCCCGCUCUCACAGCGCUCUUCACGCCGUACUUUGCUGCGGGCAUUGCUGCUGUGACGGACAUGUCGGCCGGGCUGCGGUUUGGGUUUCGAGCGGGAGUGGAUUUGAAGUUCUUUACUACCAAGCACCAGACGCUAGCCAGCAACGACUGCAUAUACCGGUCGCUCUUCACCUCACGCUGGGUGACCCUGCACGACACAGACGAGUUUCUCGUGCCCGUGCCGCCGCACUCCCUCUCUUCGCUGCUCGCCGCGCACGCCCACGCCCCCUGGCUCUCCCACGGCGCUUUCGCCGUCGAUCCCUCCAUCUGCCAAGGGGAAAGGGAGGGGGAGGACGCACCGGCACCUGCUGCAGCUGCGGAGGGUGCUGAGACGCAGUGGGAUGAAGCUGCAGUGGCGGAGGCGAAGAGACGUGCCGUGCAGCUGCUAUCGCGAACGGUGUUUCGGCAGCCAGAGGUGUGGUGCGUGCGCGAGGGGCAGCAGAUCGAUGGGGACCUGUGCGAGGACUGGCGCGGCCACCGGAAACUCGUUGUCAACCCUCGCAAGACCGAGGUGAUGUCUAUCCACAUCGCACGGGAGCCGCAGACGGGCGGAGUGGUGCUGAACGCAGCAACAGAGCUACGGCACUUCCAUUUGUCUGGAGUGGUCAACCCAGUCAACGCUCACUGCCAAACGAUCGUGCCGCCCGGCGAGUCCCACGUGUGGUUUGUGCGGGACACUGCUGUUGCUGACAAGCUGCAGCUUCUAGUCAACUCUUCUGCCCCUCAACCUGAACCCUGA